AAUAGUUUAUAUCAUUGCACAAAACAUACCAAACUAGGAGUGAGAUAAAGAAUUGAAGCAUCUUAAGUAUAGAAAAGAGAAGAAAGUGAAAUAAAAAAUGGAGGGAUUAAAUAGGCCAAAUAGAAGCGACACUCAUCUUUCGGCUGAGGAAGAAGCUAACAUUGAAUCAAAAACAAGACACUAUUUUGAUGAAGUGGCACCAAAACGACACACAAAGCCUCAACGAAGUGAGUAUGCUUCUCAAUAUGUGGACAAUAAUCUCUCCGACAAAACUUUACCUGAAAUGCUUCAAUUCCAACGCCUCGAGAAUGAUCCUCUUCAAAAGAAAUUGGUUUACGAGGGAAAUCAAGUGCCGGAAGAAUUUGUGGAAACAGAGUAUUACAAAGAUCUUAACAGCAUAGACAAAAAUCAUCACACGACAGGAAAAGGGUUUAUUCAAGUAGAAAAAAGUGACACAAACUUCAGCAUAGAACAAGAUAAUGAUACUCAUGAUAGUCAUCACUCUUCCAAGGGUAAUCCAGCAACCAAUGACUGGGUUCCUGCUCCUUUCAACGAGGAGGGUAAUUAUAAUUCAGACAAACCUCACAGGAGUGACAACUAAAUUGGAUAAGUGAUUGUUGUUUGCUUUGUAUGAAGUGAUUUUUCGUUUAAGAUUGUGGAGUGUUCUAAGAGUUUCAUAUUGUAAUUUUAAGGGACAAAAUUUAAAUUCUUGAGAAGAUGGUUGUAAAAUCACAAUUAGUGUUACUCUAAUUAAUAGUAAUUUUUCUUUUCUCCUAUUGUUAAUUAAUAAAUAUAAAUUAAAAUA